UGCGCGCGAGCGAGCGUGUGUGUGUGUGUGAGCGAGCGAGCGUGUGUGUGUGAGCGAGCGAGCGUGCGUGUGAGAGAGUCACAGAAGCACAGCGAGGAAGAAAUAAACCAAAAACUGAAACGUUUUCUAAUCGAUUUUUUAUGAAUUUCUUUCGAAGCUUCUGUUUUCGUUUCUCGUAGCGUGGAGUUCCCGUUGUUCUUGUUUUUUACCUGACGAGUUGUUUUGGGUUUUAAUUUAUUCCCCCUCGUUCUCGUCCUGUUGCUGAUCUACUGAACAGACUCCUGGAGGAUCAGGGUCAAAGGUCACGCCUGUCUGCUGUCCCUAUGUUGACAAUAAAGUCUACCUGAAAGUUUGACUGUGGUCCGAUUCCUGUUUGGCGUGCUCGUGUUUCUUUGAUGCUCACGCUGCCGUCGCUCUUAUUUCAUGUUAAUUUUGUUCUGAAGUGAAAACGAACAUCGGUCCCACAGGUGAGCGCGCACCUGAGGAGGAUCAGCGCCUCCUUUAUACCAUCACCAUUGGUAUAAACUCGUGAGGCUGUUUGUGGUGGUCAGACUGCGAGUAAUCCCAGAUCUCCUGCGGCUGUUUGUAGGAAUGACGAAAAUGGUCAAAGGUUCACCUGGACAUGAUGUAGAAGCAGCUGCAAACAGACGCUUCACCAAACAUCAGCUGUGAUUUAAGCCGCACGGUCAUUAAGUUCAGUGAAAUCGUUAAAAGCUCAAAACUACCCCAACAUUCACGCCGCCGAGGCGAUGGCAGCGUUUAACUAUGUUUAUCAUGAAACUUUGAAAGAGAUCAUUUUAAGGUGUCACAGUCUCGGGCAGAAGUUUCGGAGGCUGCUGUGUUUCCCACUGACACCAGUCUGGAUGACAUCAUCAGCGAGUCAUUUCUGACCAGGACAUGAUCUGUAACUGCUUCUUUCAUCUGAUCAGCAUCUCUAAAGUUAGAAACAUCCUGUCUCAGAGUGACGCUGAAGAACUAGUUCAUGCAUUUGUUACUUCCAGGCUGGACGACUGUAACUCAUUAUCAGGAUCCCUGUUAAAUCCAGAAUUUAAAAUCCUGCUCCUCACAUACAAGGCCCUAAAUAAUCUUAAUAACCUUAUAGUACCAUAUCACUUUGCUCUCAUUAAAACUGCUGAGCGUGAGGAGCGUGGAGCCAAAAUAUGAAACACACUAAAGGUAAAAAAUGAUCUCUCACUCUGGACUCUGUCACGUUUUAUUCUGAAAGGGUUCCCUCUGCACCUCCGAGUUUACGUUGUUUACACUUUUAUUGUGAAAGGCAGGAACUGGAAGAAUCCCUUUUCGCACAUGCGCAGAGCACACCGGGCUUUCCGGAUGGACGGCGGAGUUAGCAUUAGCUUUAGCUUCACUGAAGUUUAAUCUCACGUUUUUCUCUCGGCUGCAUCAAAAAUGUCUUCCCUUCAACUUCCGGCUGAGUUUGUCACCGAGGCCGUGACUGCUGACGGAGGAGGAGGAGAAGCAGGAGGUGGCAGAGAGUUUGAACAACGCACCGAGGAGGAGAUGGACUGCGAGCGCAGGCGCAGACUGCUGGACAUCACCUGGAAACUUGACAGGCAGCCGCACCGGACAGACAUUCGACAGGAGGAAGAGCUCUGCAGUCAGGAUCAGGAAGCGCGAGAGCUGCCACAGAUCAAAGAGGAAGACGAGGAACUCUGCACCAAUCAGGAGGAAGCAGAGACUGAACAGAUGAAAGAGGAACAGGAGGAGCUUUCCAUCAAUCGGGAGGAAGAACAGCUCAUUCUGGAGUCUCACCGUAACACUGACAGUAGCUCGAAGUCCGUGCAGCGCAGCGUUUACGCAAAAGUGUUUAAGACAGUGUCGCAGACGAAGGACGAGCACACGAAUAAAAAAUCUCACGCCUGCGAAACGUGCGGAAAGACUUUUAGCAGUAACUUCCACCUGGUGACUCACAUACGCACCCACACAGGUGAGAAGCCCUUUGCUUGUAAGACCUGCGGAAAACGUUUCAGCCGCAAGUUCGACGUGAAAGCUCACGCAAGAACCCACACGGGCGAAAAGCCGUACACGUGCGAGCUGUGCGGUCAGAGUUUUAGAAGAAACUAUCGGCUGACAGUCCACAUGAGAAGUCACACGGGCGAGAAGCCUUUUGCAUGCGAAUUUUGCCGCAAAAGUUUCAGCUGUAAUUCUAAUCUGAAAAUCCACCUGAGAAUACACACAGGUGAGAAGCCUCACGUUUGUGAAACCUGCGGGAAAAGUUUCAAUCGCAGCGGUCAGCUGAAGAUCCACCUGAGAAACCACACAGGGGAGAAACCGUAUUCCUGCAAGCUGUGUGGAAAAUGUUUCAGCAGCAGCUCGUCACUGAUAGGCCACAUGAGAACCCACACAGGUGAGAAGCCUCACUGCUGCAACACCUGCGGGAAACGUUUCUGGCAAGCAGUGUCUCUGAAAAUCCACACAAGGAGCCACACGGGCGAGAAACCGUAUUCCUGCCAAACGUGUGGUAAAGGGUUCAGCAGCUGUGACUCGCUGACCGUCCACACUAGAACCCACACAGGUGAAAAACCUUACUCCUGCAACACCUGUGGAAAGAGAUUUAGGCAGUCUUCGGGACUGAAGAGUCACAUGAGAACUCACAAAGGUGAAAGGUUGUACUCGUGUGAGACGUGCGGGAAAAGCUUCACUAAGAACGUCAGCUUGCUCCUGCACAGGCGGACCCACAGAGACAAGAAGUCUUACACCUGCAGCACCUGUGAGGAAAGGUUCAUCUGCCCUUUAGAGCUGGACAAUCACAUGAGAACUCACACAGGUAAAAAGCUUUAUUUCUGCGAGACGUGCGGGAAAUGUUUCACUCACAGCUCCACUUUGGCCGACCACAUCAGAACGCACACAGGUGAGAAGCCGUACGCCUGUGAAACCUGCACCAGGCGCUUCAGUAGUCGCGCUUACCUGAAAGUCCACAUGAGAACGCACACAGGCGAGAAACCGUUUUCCUGCAAAACGUGCGGAAAAGGUUUCAGAAGCUGUACUCACCUGAUAGCCCACGUGAGAAUCCACACAGGUGAGAAACCUUACACCUGUAAAGUGUGUGGGAAACGAUUUAGCCGCUCGUCGGGACUGAAGAACCACAUGAUGACUCACACAGGUGAAAGCGCCUUUUCUUGUGAAACGUGUGGAAAAAAUUUCUCUAGCUGUCCUCCUCUGAUAGUCCACAUGAGAACCCACACAGGUGAGAAGCCUUACUCCUGCGACACCUGUGGAAAAGAGUUCAGUAGCACCUCUCAUCUGAAGAAACAUAUGAUUGUGCACACAGGUGAGAAGCCGUAUGCCUGUGAUCUCUGCGGUAAAAGCUUCACUAGCAGCUCCUACCUGAAAGUCCACAUGCGGAGCCACACAGGUGAGAAACCGUAUUCCUGCAAAACGUGUGGGAAAGGUUUCAGCAGUAAGCCGCCGCUAAUAGUUCACAUGAGAACCCACACAGGUGAGAAGCCUUACACCUGCAAUAGCUGCGGGGAAAGAUUUACGUAUGCGACGGUGUGGAAAAAUCACAUGAGAGCUCACGACUCUCGCACAGCAUCCUCUUAGGAGAGGAGCAGCUGAGGAAACAUUUGAGGUCAUCAGCAAACAGGAAGAAUCGGCGCGGUUUCGACCAGGAGGGAUUGACUUCAAUCUGAAGUGACCAGCACUGACUGGUUCUUUCAGAUUAAAGGACAAAACUUGUAGGUCAAGUAAGCUGGAGGCCAUGUUGGAGAACCUUAUUCUUUGACCGCAGGCUGUAAAGGCUGAUUUAUGGGACUGCGUUUUGUUUUUAUUCUGGUCUUCGAUGUUUUCUCAAUACACUGGAUGAAAUGCUUCAUCAUGGUUUCCAUAAGUGUUUUGUACAGUUUAGAGUCAAUGAUGUGAUUCAUGGGCUUUAUAUAUUAUAAAUGAAACAAAGAAUGCAGCAGUGAUGCAAAGCUUUCUAUCAAUAAAGACAUUAAUAAAAAUGAACAUCGUGUUAGUCAUGCUUACAGCGCCGAGUGCCACAGAGGUGGUUGUAGUUCAGGAGGUGGAGCAGCUCAUCUAUUAUUGUACUGUUUAUAUUGUGCAAAAUCACAACAACAACUCGAAGCACUUUAUAUUUGAAAGUAAAAUCAAGCAUAAAGUGCCAAAUAUAUACUGUGUGUAAAACAGGGGUCUCAAACUCGUGGCCCAUAUAUUGGGUGACGUUACUUUUUUUGUUCAGAAGGAUUUGUUUGUUUUUGAGUGCAAUGUUAAAAAAAAAAAGAUUUAAUGGAAGACAAUAUGAGCAGAGUACACAAACACGCAGAGGGAUAGGCUGUUAGUUCAGUGAGAGUCAAAAGCUAAUGUGUUCAUUUAUGUCUGCGUUUUUAAUGUGGUCAUCUGUCUGUCUUCCUUCUGUCACCCCAACCAAUCACAGCAGAUGGCCCCGCCCCUCCCUGAGCCUGGUUCUGCUGGAGGUUUCUUCCUGUUAAAAGGGAGUUUUUUCUUCCCACUGUCGCCAAAGUGCUUGCUCAUAGGGGGUCAUUUGAUUGUUGGGUUUUUCUCUGUAUCUAUUAUUGUAGAAUCUACUGUACAAUCUACUGUACACUUUUUUCAAAAAGGUCUCAAAGACUUUAGAGUCAGACCUGUUACAG